AUGGCCGAACUAUCUUCCAACUGGAAAAUCCUUCAAGCGCGAUUGAAGGCCGGGGCGGCUUCCCAGCCGCCUUUGAAACGAAAGACUGAAGAGCAGCUACAAUCCUCAGCGAAAAGAAAAUCUGCUGGGAAAUCUGAGAGUAAUAGCAGUGUUCCAUCAAGUCGCAAGAAGAAGGCAGUUACUCAUAGAAUGGGCGGUGUCCAAAGCUCAGCCGCGGUAGACAAGCCCAAGCAGAAUCCAUCUCCAUCACUGGCAAUAUGGGCCAAGGAUCAUGAGGUCUCAACCGAGGAGCUGGCAGAGGCCUAUGGCCUUGGAGUGAAAGGCAAUUCGAUGAUGCUCGGGCCUGAGAAAGACAAAGUAAACCACGGCCUUUCUAGUGGAGUCGAGAUUGGAAAAUAUGUCGCCAUCGACUGCGAGAUGGUGGGAGUCGGACCGGGCGGGCAUGAAUCAGCGCUGGCGCGUAUUAGCGCUGUUGAUUUUCACGGACGACAAAUCUACGAUUCAUAUGUGAAGCCGGUCGAGCGUGUAACCAACUGGAGAACGGCCGUGAGCGGAAUCUCUCAAAAAGAGAUGAGAUUCGCACGAGAUUUCAGCGAAGUUCAAAAAGAAGUCGACGACAUCAUCAAAGACAGGAUUCUGAUUGGUCACGAUAUCAAGCAUGACUUGGAAGCCCUCAAACUCAGCCAUUCUCCAAGGAAUAUUCGCGACACCGCCAAAUAUCCGGCCUUCAAAAAGUAUGGCCAUGGGCGAAAGCCGGCACUGAAAGUUCUUGCUAGAGAAAUUCUUGGUAUUGAGAUUCAAAGUGGUCCGCACUCUAGCACGGAGGAUGCUCGAGCUACUAUGCUCUUAUUUCGAAAGCACAAAUCUGGCUUUGACAUGGACAACAUGAACCGAUAUACUCCAAAACAGACAACCAACACCAGCGCGUCUCGUUCGAAAAAGAAGAACAAAAAGAAGUCAUGA